GCCGCCUUUUUCUUUUCCCGUUGCCCUCCAACGGUCAGAAAAUCAGAAAUUCCCAUAAAAAUCAGGCUUCUCAGCGUUGGGCAAACGCAUAGGAAACCCUCUCGCUGUUGUUUCUCUCAACUCUGUUUUGCUUGCUCUCUUGCCUCUCUUUCUCUUUCGCACUCUCCUUUGCCGGAUUUUGCCUUCUCCGACUUGCAGGAUAAAUUGUGCCAACAAUUUGCCUGAGCAGCAUGGGCACCAGAGACAUGCUUUGCAGAAGUCAGAUGGUUGAUUUGGUAGGCCAUGCAAGACAUCUUGAUGGCGUUGCUUUAGUUGAUGCUGUAUCCUUCAGCAGCCCUCAAUACAGAGGGAAUGGUGCUCCCAGGGAAAUUGAAUCUCAUAGAAGUUGGAGGCACAGAUCAAGAACCACUGAUAUGGGUGCUGUUAUGACAGAUAAUAAUAACCAUCUCUUUGCAAGUAACCAUGUACCUCAGCCCUUUCAGCAGGCUAUUAUGGAUGGAGAUGCUUUGAUUUGGAACCGGGCCUCUGUUCAUCCUUAUAUGCAUGGGAGUAACGCUGGUGGUCGUAGGGAGACUGGGCAUAGAAGUCCCAUGACCUUUUUGAGUUCUACUGCCCACUCUCGACCAACUGACUACAACACCAGCAUGCAUCAACACGUAGCAGGCCCACAUCAUCUUCCAUUAAGUCAUGUUGCACAUAGCUCAAUGAAUUCUCAUCAGACUGGUUUGGAGAUGGGCCCUAGGCAUUUGUUGCCUAUUCUAUCUCACCGGUCUAGGGUUCACCAUUCUCAACAAGAGGGUCGUUUACCUGAAGCAUCUCAAAGACAUGGCAACUUUAGGCACUUGAGACUUCUACCACCAGAGGAUGUUGCUGUACUAGAGUUGUCAGGAGAUAUGCACUUGGAUAUAGAGAAUGCUUCUUAUGAGGAAUUGCUUGCACUUGGGGAGCAAAUUGGCAGUGCUAACACUGGUUUGUCAGAAGAAAUCAUCACAACUAAGUUGAAGACCAGAACUUUUUCACUGUCAGCAACAAAUAUUAAUACGGAAGAGACAGCCACUCUUGGCCAGGAACCUGAUGUCUGCAUUAUAUGCCAGGAAGAAUAUAAAAACCAAGAUAACGUUGGUACACUUAGUUGUACACAUGAGUAUCAUGCAGACUGUUUAAAGAAGUGGCUGCUCCAGAAGAAUGAAUGCCCUAUGUGCAGAUCUCGUGGACUAACCCUAGAUUGAAUACACUAUUUGGCUGUCCUUUGUUUAUUCUGUGCAUGAGCUAACCUUUAGAUUGUGGGGAUAAUCAGUACAGGGUUGAUCAUAUUUCGUGUUUUAUUAACUCUGAGAGCUAAAUUGUAAUUUCUGAGUUUAUCCUUUAUACAAUUCAGUAAGAUGCUUUUAGUUUUAGGCAUUUAGCUUGUAUUUUAUGUUUAAUUAACCAUGGAAGUAUUU